GUUAUCACAAAUUCUAAACCCUUUUGUUUCCUUUGAGAACUUCACACCACAAAUGGAAGAGACCAAAUCCAAGUUCAAGAGAAUUUGUGUGUACUGUGGAAGCAGUUCUGGUAACAAAGCCAGUUACCAAGAAGCUGCUGUGGAACUUGGCGAGGAAAUGGUUAAGAGAAGGAUUGAUUUGGUCUAUGGAGGUGGUAGCGUGGGGUUGAUGGGUCUAGUUUCUCAGGCAGUUCAUGAUGGUGGGCGCCAUGUUCUGGGUGUUAUCCCAAGAAGUCUCAUGCCAAUAGAGAUAACUGGUGAACCAAUUGGUGAAGUGAGAGCAGUAUCUGAUAUGCAUCAAAGGAAAGCUGAGAUGGCUCGUCAAGCCGAUGCAUUCAUUGCUCUUCCUGGGGGGUAUGGAACACUUGAAGAAUUGCUUGAAAUCAUUACAUGGGCUCAGCUUGGAAUCCACAGCAAACCGGUGGGUCUGUUGAAUGUGGAUGGAUUUUACAAUUCGUUGUUGUGUUUCAUUGACAAGGCCGUUGAUGAAGGCUUUAUUUCUCCAAAGGCACGUCGCAUUAUCGUGUCAGCCCCCACAGCCAAAGACCUGGUUCGGGAGCUAGAGGAACAUGUACCUGAACGAGACGAAGUUGUGUCCAAGUUGGUGUGGGAAGAAAGACUGAGUUACGUGCCCGAAUCAGAAGUUGCCACGUGACUCAUCUUUUGUGAACUUAGUGGAGAUUGAUGAACUUAGUUUUUGGGAUCUUUUCUAUCAUUUUGUUGUUCUUUUUUAUGUAUUUUGGGUACAUAAUAUAGUCAAUAUAUAUGGGCAUAGGAACUGUAGGAUCAUACAUCAUCCUCUUGUUUUGCUUUUUUUUUCUUCCAGCUUUUGUUGAUGCCCCUACUAUACAGAAAAUUAGGUCAAAAAAUAUGGAAAAAUCAUGAGUUAAUGGAAGUUAAUUAAUUAUCUUAUC